AUGAAGACCUAUAAUAGGAAUAAUAAUUGUUUAUCUCAAAAUAUAUUAGAUAAUAAAAAUAUAAUAAAUUGUGUUAAUCCAAUGACCAUGUGUUCAGAUAAUAAAUAUGAAGAAGAUGAAAAACGAAAGGGAAUUUCUUUAAAUAUAUCAAAAUGUAGAUAUUUUCUAUUGCCUAUUGUUGGGAUAUUAUAUAUAAUCCUAUUGAAUAUAUUAGCAUUUGAGGGAAACUUAUCCACGAAUAUACAGUUCAAAAAUACAUUCAAAAGAAAUUUAAGUUCGAAAGAACCUUCCCUUGACGAUUUUUUUAAAUUUUAUAAAAAGAAUUCAUACAAAUUAAGUGAGAGUUUUAUGGACACAAAAAAUAUGUUAACAAAGAAAAUGAAAAUUGAAAAAAGUGCAUUUAAUAAGUAUUCACAUUUAUUCACUAGUUUAUUCAACUAUGAUUUAUGGGAACGAUUUGAAAUAAGUUAUUAUAUGUUAUCAGGAAAUAGUGAAUAUACAAAUGAUUUAGAUCUUGAAAUAAAUAAGAAACUUGUGUUAUUGAAUAAUGAGACUAAUAGUGAGCUUAGAAUACAUACUAUUUGGCAUAAUGUAAUGAAGAGUGAGAAAGAAAAAUUUAAUUCAUGGUAUAUGUAUUUUAAUAAUAAUUUUUAUCUUUUAAGAAAAAAAUAUAAAACACCUUUUAAUUAUGCAAAACCAACGUGUAAUCAAUGUAAUGAAUUUUUUGCAUUAUCGAAAAAAUAUAUUGAAAAUUCAUUUAAUAAGGUUUUUAAUAAAUGGUUCAAAAAUAAUGUAUAUUUAGAUGUAAACGAAUUUAGGGUUAUUGUAAUGGCCUGUAGAUUGUUAUGGAGAAAAACAUUGGCAACAUUAAAAGAAGAGGGUAUGCUUUAUCUCCAGAAACCGUUUGAAGCUUUGCAUCAUGAAAGAAAAAAAAUUCAUAAAAGGGGUGGACGUGCUUUGAAAUUUAAGGCUGAAGAGUUCUAUGAAAAAAAUCCCGAUUUAGUUACUUACAAAGGAUGCCAUUUUUUGAAUUCACUUAAAAACGUAAAUUUAGAAGAAAAAUAUGAUGAUGAUGAUGAAGCAGAAAAUGAAAAAAAAAAACAAGAGAAAAUCAAAGACAAUAAAAAAGAGGAGGAAGAUGCAUAUGAAGAUAAUGAAGACAAUGAAGAUUAUGACGAUUAUGACGAUUAUGAUGAUUAUGAUGAAGAACAAUAUGACAAAAAUGGGGAAGUUAUUGUUGGAGCAAAUGAGGAUCCAUCAUAUGAAUAUAAUUAUCAUUAUGAAGAACCAUUUAUAUUAACCCCUGAACUCAUUGAAGCAAUUGAAAGGGCAGUCGAAAGAGAUGUUGAAAGAGAAGUUGAGAAAAGAUCUGAGAAAUUAAUUGAUGAUAAAUGGAAAAAAAGACUUGCAAAAGAAAUAAGAGAUAAACCAAUAAAAAAAGUAAGAUUUAAUUUAUAA